AUGUUGGGGAAUGCGGGGUCUGCCAUGAAGGUGUAUGCGGGUGCUGCUGGUUGCGUGGGUGCUUGGGGGCGGGCUGGGCAGGGGUGUUGGGUUGCUGUGCAGUCUGCAUUGGUGCCAUUUGAGUGCCAUCAGCUGGGUCUCGUGUCUCCUGAGCAGUGCGGUCAAGUGAGGGUCCUGGAUCGGGCUGCUGCCCGGUCUGCACUGGCUGUCCUCGACCUAACUGUGUGCUCUGAGGCUGUUCUCUCUGCGUGCUUCUCAACUGGCCCCUCUCUUCCGUGUGUUCCCUCUGCUGUGCCCGCCCUGGUGCUCUCUGUGGUGCACUCCCGUUCGCGUGCAUUGCUGGCCUUUCUGCGGCGUUGCCUAGACCGGUUUACCUUCAACCCACGCAUAGCUACCUUCACCGCCGCAGCAGUCGCAAUGGCUGCCGCGGAUGGCUGCGAGGUCCUCACUGCCGCCUGCAGGCUUCUUCCCCGCUGUCUGCCCUCCGCAUGCCUCGGAAGUGUUGCAGCAGAGAUCGUCGCUGGUGCCGGUUGUGCUGCUACUCCGGCUGCUCCCGAUGGCGUAGCUGUGUCUGCUGCCCUUGGUGUUGUUGCUACUGGUGCUGGCGCUGGCUGUGUAGUGGCACUGGUUGAAGCUAUUGCUGCCGUUGGUCCUGCUGCUCCUUGCAUUUCCGUUGCAAUGGCUGCUGGUCCUGCUGUCGUCGCAGCAACUGUUGCCGGUGUAACUAUUGCUGCUAUUUCAGUCACCCCCCCGGCUUGUAUCUCGCCUCCCCCCAGUCCCUCUGCUGAUGUUGCUGCUGCUGGAAUAGCCACUGUCCCCCCCGCGGUCCUCCCUGCCUGA